ACCGAAAGAACUAAGAAUAUGAAUAUAGGGCUAUACCUAAUAAAUGAACUGAACUGGUGCAAAAAAGGUUGGGGUGGCCACUAGGGGUCACGAUCUGCACGCGAGAUGGGGGAAGCGGGGAGCCGGUCAACGGAGCUGAUUGCCCGAGAAUCUCACUUAAAUAUUCACAGAGGGCCCUGCAAGAGCCGCCCAAUCAGCGCUCGCCGCCGCCACAGAUCCAGCCCAGGAUGUGCGCACUGAUUGGAGGCACACAAAUAAAUAAUAAACAUCAGACAUCAAGGAGUUGGCAGCAUCACCAACCACCACCAUCAUCAGCCACGAUUCUCCGCCACUAUCUCCAUCACCACCACUAUCACCACCGCCACUACCACCACUGCCACUAUAUCUCCAUCACCACCACUAUCUCCACCAACAACGCCACUACCACCGCUGCCACUAUCUCUCCAUCACCACCACUAUCUCCAGCACCACUGUCACCACCACCAACGCCACUACCACCACUGCCACUAUCUCUUCAUCACCACCACUAUCUCCAUCAUCACCACUAUCUCCACCACCAACGCCGCUAUCUUCACCACCGCCGCUGCCUCCAUCACUAACCACCGUUAUCUCCACCACUGUCACCACCAUCUCCGCAGCACCACUACGCGUGUGGGCUUGCAAACCCCGUGUCACCGUUCGUCUGGCAAGAUCAGUGUCAACACGAUCAUCGCUCUUGCACGUCGAGGGCUCCGCACCAACACAGACGGAGAAGAGACGCAAGGAGGCUGUGUGUGUGUGAGGGUAGUGGAGGCUGUGUGUCUGUGUGUGUGUUUGUUGUGUGUGUGUUUGUUGUGUGUGUGUUUGUUGUGUGAAUGGCGAUGAGACUGCUGCUGGACUGCGCCACUCCACGAGUCACCUGGACAAGUCCGGACGGUGCCGUGAGCGGCGGGGAGGACAAGGAGCCGCGUCGUUGCCCAGCCCACCCGCCCGCUUCGUGCGUCUGAACGACGCGUCCAAAGACAGCGCCAACCCUAACGCCACCCCCCGCCACGCGUGCCGGGGAAAAAAACGACCGCCCCACUGAAACGACGGCCGUCAUGCGGCGGGGCGGACGCCUGAACCCCAGCGAGGAGCGGUUCCCUCGUCCCGUCGCCCGCGAUUCUCGUCGGCCGCCUCCGUCCGGCUCGCCCGGCGAGGCCAGCGGGCUCCGCCUGAGGAGGGGGGAGAAGGACGCGGCGACGGAUUGAGUUCCGGCGGGGCCCUUCCUCCGGGCGACGGUCGAUAUUGGCCGAAAACAACUUGCGUCUCUUUUUUUCUCGCCGUCUCAAUUUGAGUUCAGCGAAGGUCGCGCUGACGCUGACGAGCGCAUCGAGGACGAGCAGCGGCCACCCCCCCCCCCCAAGGGACACGGGCGUCGUCGGCAAAGUUCGGCAUCGGGGGAGGCGGGGAUUUGGUGGGGACAGCGACAUCGUCCUUGCUUGCCAGGGACUCGUACUCGGUAUUGGUCCUGCGUUCGGACGCUCGUCCGCUUGGUCAUUAUUUGGUGAAGCGCGAGGGGGGGCGGUGGGAAAUGAGGGCGGAGUGACUCGUCCCAGCGGGCUGCGAGUGGCGGCCGUGGUUUGUGCAUAACUUGUUUAAAUUUUCUGACGUGUGUGCGAAAAGCCGUCGUUAACAUCUGAAGAGCGCGUGAUUUAUUUUAGCUCAUAAUUGGAUCAGAGCUGGGUAUUCGGAGAAAAAGUGUCAAUGUUAAACUCGGGAAGGGUUUUUUUUUCUUUCGAAUCACCGUACAUGAAAGCGACAAAAUAGCAUUUCCACAAAUUCACACCGAUUUAAAUUCAAGCGUGAGGCGAUAACGUGAGAGACAAAUUGGCGUGCGCCGCAUCGAAUUAUUAGAAGAAAAAAAAACUCUAAGAAAAAUAAAAUCUACAAACAUUAUAAGGUGCAGGCUCCGGAGAGAGAUCAGCGAAUUCUACCGCGUAGGGACGUCGACACUUUGGAGAAACCCCUGCGACCUAGGCCCUCCUCAGGCCCGCCACAUGCCUAGGCCUCGUGCGGAAACUCUCCUCGACGCGGGCACCGGGCAACCCGAGCGACGGGCGCCAUGGGCACCGCCACCUACGAGGAGAUCUGCGGCGCCUUCUCCCCCAACGUCACGUCGGACGAGGCACGGGCCGCGGCGGCCCCCGGCGCGGCCCUGCGCGUGACGCUGGCGUCGCUGCUCGCCCUCACCACCGCGCUGGGCUUUGGCGGCAACCUCGUCGUGUGCCUCGUCGUCUACCGGCGACCCGCCAUGCGCUCCGCCAUCAACCUGCUGCUCGCCACCCUCGCCUUCUCCGACAUGGCGCUGGCGGCGUCGUGCGCGGCGCCCGACGCCGUGUCGGUGGCGGCGGGCGCGUGGCCGUUCGGCGAGGCGGCGUGCCGCGUCUCGACGGCGCUCUUCUGGCUGCUCGCGGCCGAGGGCGUCGCCGUGCUGCUCGUCAUCAGCGCCGACCGCUUCCUCAUCAUCGUGCGCCGCCGCGACACGCUCACGCCCCGCCGCGCCAAGGCCGUCAUCGCCGCCUCGUGGGCCGCCUCCCUCGCCGUCUCGCUGCCCGCCGCCGUCGGGUGGCCCACGGUGGAGUCGCCCCCCCGCGCGCCGCGCUGCGUCCUCUCCUACCCCCCGGCGGGGGGCAGCCGGGCGUACGCGGCGGCGGCCACGACGGCGGUGUUCUUCGCGCCCUUCGCGGCCAUGCUGUACGCGUACCUGCGCAUCCUGAACGCGGUGCGGCGCAACGCGGCGCGCGUCCACAACCACCCGGCGGGCCUGUGCCCGUCGCGGGCGGGCAAGCCGGGCCUCGCGGGCCUGCAGACGCUGUCGCGCCUCAACGCCGACGUGAGCUUCAAGACGCGCGCCUUCGCCACCGUGCUCACGCUGUUCGGCGUGUGCGCCGCCUGCUUCGCGCCGUGCGCGGCCCACGUCCUGCUGUCCGCGUGCAGCCGCGCCUUCUACUGCGGGGCCUCCUUCUACGCGGCCAGCGCCUGGGUGCUGUGGCUCGCCUACCUCAAGGCCGCCCUCAACCCCGUCGUCUACUACUGGCGCAUCGGCAAGUUCCGGCGGGCGUGCGGCGAGCUGGCGCCGCAGCUGUUCCGCUCGCUGCCCGCGUCCGUGUUCCCGGGCCGGGCCCGCGGGCGCGUGCGGCCCAGCGCCGUGUACGUGUGUGGGGAGAGCCAGUCGGCUCUCUGAGAGGGCGGGGGGAGA